CGCUUUCUAAACGCUGCGUUUAGAGCUGGUUGCUGACUGAUUGGUUCCUGAGAAAAUAUUCACUGAUCGAUUCGCGAGAAAAUUAAUAUGCAACCUAGCCCUGCGGGAUUCUGUAAGCCCUAAUUGCAGCCGCCGAUCGAUCAUUCUUCUGUCUGGUUUCCCAGAGAGAUUAGUGGAGCUCCAGUGCGGUUGUUUAUUUCUUGUUCGAUAUGAAGUUGUCAGCUUGAUUACUCUGCGGUUUUUGUGUCCCACCAACUGUUUGAUGAAAUGCGCCAAUGAAGAAACAAAACCACUGAAAUGUGUUACUCUGGUUGGUCAGGUUCGGGAAGCUAUGCGUCGAAUACGUAUUCAUAAUCUUUGGAUCAGCCUCUGCAUUAUCUGCAUCAUCAUCACCUGCUCAAAUUCAAGCGAGGCGAAUGCGACAGACAUCAAAGUUUUGAAGGUUGGUGAAGAGCUGUGGAGGGAGACUCUACCGCUGCAUUCGGGUUCAUGCCUUUACUGGCUUCAUGGACUCAAGCCUUAUACUUGGUAUGAAGUGAAGAUAUCAUAUCCUGCUUCUAUACCGGCUAGCUUUUCCUUGCAACUCAAGAAAGGGGACUUGGAAUCGGCACUGACUGGGAACCGAAGAUUACUAAAUACUGAAAAGCUUAUUUUCAAGACUGAGAGUCUUCGCUCUGAUGAUCAGGGUGAUAUGUCCGUGUUGGUGAGUGUGGAGCCUGAGGGGGUUGUUGCAAUACCAAAUGUGCAAGAGAGGGAACACAUCAUAUUCAACAUAGUUUGUGAUGAACUACUAUUGGGGAUUCCGUACAAAGCUUGGUGGGUUGUAGGCUUUGUAGUGGUGUGUUUGGCCUUGGCGUUCACCAUACCGUCGUUCCUUCCACCGUUUUUGCUGCCGCGGGUGGAUGAGAAUGCUUCUAAAGAUUCUUGAACAUCGGACUCACAAAACCAGCUGGCUUCGUCAAAUUUUGGUAUUUUGGUAUCAUCCUGCAUUUCCACUUCACAGCGAUUGAAGUAUAGAGACUUGAAUUCAGAAACAACUUUUGGAGGAACCACUUCUUGUUUGGCUUACAAUUCGACUGGUGGUGCUUCUUAAUUUUCUGUUACUUGUUGGGAAGAUUUAGCACAUUAUCUCAAAUUUGGCAUGCACUCGGACAAUGAAGCCACUUGUAGCUACUUAUAGCACAUUCAGUCCCUUAAUUUACAUUCUUAUUUUUCUUUAUUUUUUCUAAAAAAUAAACAGUUGUUAUCAACACUUCAAAAUAGUCAUUUCAUUUUUCUCU